CGCUUCCAAGAUGGCGGCAGUGAUGCUUGCCCGGCUGCCGGGGUGGCGGUGACGACAGGCAGCAAAAGACCGGCAGUAACCCUCCUCCCAACCCCCCAGAACGGGGGAAAGGUAAAAAAAAAGGUAGAGGACGCCAUCCACACCCUACUCUCCGCCGAGCUCCGGGGCUGUCUGCUUUCAGCUCCCAGGUGGUCAUGGUCCCUGCACCUGAGGAGCUGGUGCCCAGGAAGAACGGAAGGAGCCUGUUUCCUACUUCACCCUGGCUGGUCCCAGAUUUGCUGCUGGAGUGCUAGAUGGAGCCUUUCUCUGCCCUCUGUGACAUUUCCAAUUUUAGAUAAUGCCUCACAUCUCUGUCCCCCCGGGACCCCCUGGAGCCCCCAUGAUCGCCAAGAAGACAGCUUGAACCUAGAAUUCCCCUUUCCCUUCCUAGAUCUCACCCCCAGGAUGUUGCGGAGGCUGCUGGAGCGGCCCUGCACGCUGGCCCUGCUUGUGGGCUCCCAGCUGGCUGUCAUGAUGUACCUGUCACUGGGGGGCUUCCGAAGUCUCAGUGCCCUAUUUGGCCGAGAUCAGGGGCCAACAUUUGACUAUUCUCAUCCUCGUGAUGUCUACAGUAACCUCAGUCACCUGCCUGGGGCCCCAGGGGGUCCUCCAGCUCCUCAAGAUCUGCCCUACUGUCCAGAACGAUCUCCUCUCUUAGUGGGUCCUGUGUCGGUGUCCUUUAGCCCAGUGCCAUCACUGGCAGAGAUUGUGGAGCGGAAUCCCCGGGUAGAACCAGGGGGCCGGUACCGCCCUGCAGGGUGUGAGCCCCGCUCCCGGACAGCCAUCAUUGUGCCCCAUCGUGCCCGGGAGCACCACCUGCGCCUGCUGCUCUACCACCUGCACCCAUUCUUGCAGCGCCAGCAGCUUGCCUAUGGCAUCUAUGUCAUCCACCAGGCUGGAAAUGGAACAUUUAACAGGGCAAAGCUGCUGAAUGUUGGGGUGCGAGAGGCCUUGCGUGAUGAAGAGUGGGACUGCCUGUUCUUGCAUGAUGUGGACCUCUUGCCAGAAAAUGACCACAAUCUGUAUGUGUGUGACCCCCGGGGACCCCGCCAUGUUGCUGUUGCUAUGAACAAGUUUGGAUACAGCCUCCCGUACCCCCAGUACUUCGGAGGAGUCUCGGCGCUUACUCCUGACCAGUACCUGAAGAUGAAUGGCUUCCCCAAUGAAUACUGGGGCUGGGGUGGUGAGGAUGAUGACAUUGCUACCAGGGUGCGCCUGGCUGGGAUGAAGAUCUCUCGGCCCCCCACAUCUGUAGGGCACUAUAAGAUGGUGAAGCACCGAGGAGAUAAGGGCAACGAGGAAAAUCCCCACAGAUUUGACCUCCUGGUCCGUACCCAGAAUUCCUGGACGCAAGACGGGAUGAACUCACUGACAUACAGAUUGCUGGCUCGAGAGCUGGGUCCUCUUUAUACCAACAUCACAGCAGACAUUGGGACUGACCCUCGGGGUCCUCGGGCUCCCUCUGGGCCCCGUUACCCACCUGGUUCCUCCCAAGCCUUCCGUCAAGAGAUGCUGCAACGCCAGCCCCCAGCCAGGCCUGGGCCUCCACCUACUGCCAACCACACAGCCCUCCGAGGUUCACACUGACUCCUCCUUCCUGCCUACCUUAAUCAUGAAACCGAAUUCACAGGGUUGUAUUCUCCCCACCCUCAGCUCCUCACUGUUCUCAGAGGGCUGUGGGGGAACUGAACUCUGGUGCCGUGCUAGGGGGCAGGGGUCUCUCCGCACUGCUGGACUGGAGCUGGGCUCCUCUAGACCUAGGGGGGACCCCUCUUUCUAGGGUCUCCUGUAGGGUUUAUGACUGUGAAUCCUUGAUGUCAUGAUUUUAUGUGAUGAUUCCUGGGAGUCCCUGCCCCUAGGGCAGGAGCAGGGCUGGACCCCAAGCCCCUUCCUCUUCAUGGAGAGAAGAGUGAUCUGGCUUCUCCUGGGACCUCUGUGAAUAUUUAUUCUAUUUAUGGUUCCUGGGAAGUAGUUUGGUGAAGGAAGCCCCUCCCUGGGCAUUUUCUGCCCAUGCUGGAAUAGCUCCCUCUUCUGGUCCUGGCUCAGGGGGCUGGGAUUUUGAUAUAUUUUCUAAUAAAGGACUUUGUCUCGCA